AUGUCCAACGAUGUCGAGAAGGGCACUCCUGCCACAUCGGCGCAACCGAUAUCGAGUGCCGUCAGCCAUGUUCAUUCGAUAGAGACAGUCUCCGCAGAUGUGGCACUCGACGAGACUCGAUCUCAUGCAUCCAGCAUCGCUCCAGUGGGCGAAGAAAAGCAUGAGCCAGAUGAGCACAUGCCGUUGCCACACCGAACAACCACCGAGCUUGGCCCAGCUGUCCCGGUGCCUCGACUGAAGCGCCGAGGAUUGUUCGGCCAAUUGACCCUGGUCGCCGAAGUCGAAGACCCGAAAACUUAUCCUCGAAAGAUGAAGUGGUUUAUUACCUUCAUUGUUGCUGUUGCAGGUGCUACGGCGCCGAUGGGUAGCUCUAUCUUCUUUCCUUCCCUUUCCCAAGUGGCCAAAGAACUGCACACCACUACCACUAUUACUAACCUGUCCAUUGCUCUGUACAUGCUGAGUAUGUCCAUAUUUCCUUUAUGGUGGUCGUCAUUCAGUGAGCGAUUGGGACGGCGAACGAUUUAUUUGGCUUCGUUUGCCCUCUUUGUCGUCUUCAAUUGCCUUUGCGCUAAAUCCACUUCGAUCGCCAUGCUUAUUGUAAUGCGAAUGCUAAGCGGCGGUGCCUCGGCUUCUGUUCAGGCAGUCGGCGCUGGAACGAUUGCUGACCUCUGGGACUCCCGAGAAAGAGGACGUGCUAUGGGCAUUUUCUAUCUGGGUCCGCUUUGUGGUCCGCUAUUCGCGCCUAUUGUCGGCGGUCUUUUAGCAGAGCGUUGGGGUUGGAGAAGUACCAUGUGGUUCUUGGCCGCGUACGGUGCCCUUACGGUCAUUUUCAUCUUCCUUGCGCUACCGGAGACACUUGCAGUCCGGAAGCCUAUUCUUCCCGAUGUGUCUGAGGAUGAACUUAAUCCAGUCACUCGACCGCUCAGCAGAGUGUCCUCUCGACAGGUGGUUGGAUUCACGACCCGAACUCUCAAGACGUUGAAGAUUGUUUUCAUUGACCCAUUGAAAAUCGUGCUUUAUUUGCGGUUCAUCCCGGUGCUCCUGAGUGUUUACUACGCUAGCAUCGCCUUUGGUUCACUCUAUGUCUUGAAUGUCAGUGUGGAAGAUACAUUUGGCAAGCCUCCAUACAACUUCAGCACCAUUAUAAUUGGUUUGCUUUAUAUUCCGAAUUCAGUGGGGUAUGUUGUUGCCAGUCUUUUUGGUGGACGGUGGAUGGAUAGCAUCAUGCAACGCGAGGCGAAAAAGCAAACCGAUAUGAUGAAAAAGGCCGGCUUAUCUAUCGCCCGGAGGAUCGAAUGCGAGAGAACGCUUGGCUUGGUGCUUUUCUCUAUCCAGCUGCCCUCAUCUGGUAUGGCUGGACUGCGGAGAAGGGAGUUUUCUGGCUUGUCCCGGUAUGCUCACUCCCUCCUGAAAUGUGAAAUGAUUGCCAACUUCUUUUUUGGCAUCGGAUCAAUGCUCAUUUUUAGCAUGGUCACCACUAUGCUCACUGAAUUUAUGCCGAAAAAGUCGUCGGAGGGCGUGGCUUUAAAUAACUUCAUGCGAAAUAUCUUUUCAUGUGUUGGAUCUCUUGUGACCGCGCCGAUUAUCAAUGGCAUCGGCAAUGGGUGGUUAUUCACCAUCAUUGGGCUAGUCAGUUUCGCAAGCAGCUCGGUCAUUUUCUGCAUGAGAGUAUUUGGCCCUCGCUGGAGACUAAAGAUGGAUGCGCAAUUACAAUGA